UUCGUGUAGUGCAAAGCAACCCUGUUGUUUACACUGCUUUACCCACCCUAAUACAGCUGUCAAAAAAGUUCUUUUCCGGUUUAAUUCACUAAGAAGAAGAAAUUAAACACAAAAUGGGUCGGUACUCAAGGGAACCAGAGACAGCUGCCAAAUCUUGCAAAGCCCGUGGACCAAAUCUACGUGUGCAUUUCAAGAACACCCAUGAAACCGCCCAGGCCAUCAAGCGUAUGCCUUUGCGUCGUGCCCAACGUUUCUUGAAGGCUGUUGUCGACAAGAAGGAAUGUGUACCCUUCCGUCGUUUCAACGGUGGUGUUGGCCGUUGCGCUCAAGCCAAACAAUGGAAGACCACUCAAGGUCGUUGGCCCAAGAAAUCCGCUGAAUUCCUUUUGCAAUUGCUCCGCAAUGCUGAAGCUAAUGCUGACUGCAAGGGUCUCGAUGUUGAUCGUCUUGUUGUAGACCACAUUCAAGUCAACCGUGCCCAAUGCUUGCGUCGUCGUACCUAUCGUGCUCACGGUCGCAUCAACCCCUACAUGUCUUCUCCCUGUCACGUUGAGGUCAUCCUUACCGAAAAGGAAGAAGUUGUUGCUAAGGCCUCCGAAGAUGAGCCCGCCAAAAAGAAGUUGUCCAAGAAGAAGUUGCAAAGACAAAAGGAGAAGAUGAUGCGCUCUGAAUAAGUUUAGCAAGGAGUAGAGAUUUUUUAUUUUAAUUAUAUAAAAUAAAACAUUUUUAUUGUUUAGGCGUAUGUGUUGGACUAUAUAUUGAAAAUAGAAAAUGUUCAAAUAAAAGAUCUUACAUUUGAACGAUGUUUUUUAAGAAAAUUAAACAAAAAAGAA